AUCAACCCUGUGUGUGUCCUGGAAGGCUGAAAUGUCACUCUGCUGUCUGUAGGCCUCACAGCACAGACAACCUGUGUGUGGGCUCAGGAUUUAACUUUUAUUUGGGGGGGGGAUACAGAAUGUGUUUUCUUAUUUGACAGCAGAUGCAUACGUAGUAUUUACUCCUCAACUACCUCUGCUUGUCUGUGUUGUUAUUAAAGAGCCAGAGGGAGUAUCAGGGCAGACGCUCAGCAGCCAUGUCGACCCUCCUGCGCUGCAUCUCCAGCUCUUCUGUGGUUUUGUUCCGGCGAGGGGCCCGUCAGAAGAUACCUGGACGGAGGAAUUUCAGGACUUUCCCUGUGUUAUGGGACCAACAGGCCUCCAGAGGUGUGCUCUACAAGGACCUGGUGGUCGGUGUUCCUAAGGAGACCCUGCAGAAUGAGCGUCGUGUGGCGUUGUCUCCAGCCGGGGUGCAGGCGCUGGUCAAACAGGGCUUCAACGUGCAGGUGGAGAGUGGCGCUGGAGACGAGUCCAAGUUCUCUGAUCAGCAGUACGUCGAUGCUGGAGCCACCAUCACUGAUGUCAAGGGGGCACUUGGCUCUGAUUUGGUCCUCAAGGUUCGAGCCCCCAGUCUGACUGAAAUAGACCUCCUGAAGCCAAAGUCCACCCUGGUUAGCUUUAUCUACCCAGCUCAGAACCCAGAGCUGAUAAAGAAGCUGUCGGAGAGGCAGAGCACUGUGCUCGCAAUGGACCAGGUGCCCAGAGUCACCAUAGCACAGGGCUACGAUGCACUUAGCUCCAUGGCUAACAUUGCUGGGUACAAGGCUGUGGUUCUGGCUGCAAAUCACUUUGGCAGGUUCUUCACUGGUCAGAUCACAGCUGCAGGGAAAGUUCCCCCUGCUAAGGUCCUGGUUAUUGGAGGUGGAGUAGCUGGUUUGGCAGCAGCAGGAGCAGCCAAGUCAAUGGGAGCCAUAGUGAGAGGAUUUGACACUAGGCCAGCAGCCCUGGAGCAGUUCAAGUCAUUUGGAGCGGAGCCUUUAGAAGUGGAUCUCAAAGAGUCUGGGGAUGGAGUUGGAGGUUACGCCAAAGAGAUGUCGAAGGAGUUCAUUGAGGCUGAGAUGGCUCUUUUUGCCAAGCAGUGUAAAGAGGUGGACAUUGUGAUCAGCACUGCUCUGAUUCCAGGUAAGCGGGCCCCAAUUCUGAUCAAGAAGGAGUUUGUAGAGUCGAUGAAGGACGGCUCUGUUGUGGUGGAUUUGGCUUCAGAGGCAGGAGGCAACAUUGAGACCACCAGGCCCGGAGAGCUGCACGUUCACAAGGGAGUAACACACAUUGGCUACACAGACCUGCCCAGCCGCCUGGCCACCCAGGCCAGCACUCUUUAUUCUAACAACAUACUGAAGCUGCUGAAGGCCAUUAGCCCAGAUAAGGAGUACUUUCACUAUGAGCCCAGAGAGGAGUUCGACUAUGGAACCCUUGACCAUGUCAUCCGUGGGACUCUUGUUAUGAAGGAAGGCAAAGACAUGUUCCCGGCCCCUCUUCCCAAAACAGCCCCCCCAGCCCCAGUGAAACAGAAAUCAGUGGCGGAGUUGGAGGCGGAGAAAGCGUCUGUGAUUUCUCCCUUCAAGCGCACCAUGACCUCUGCGGGUGUCUACACUGCAGGUGUGUCCACCUGUCUUGCUCUAGGCAUCAUCUCCCCCAACGCAGCCUUCACUCAGAUGGUCACCACCUUUGGCUUGUCUGGGAUUGUGGGAUACCACACUGUGUGGGGUGUGACCCCCGCUCUGCACUCCCCUCUCAUGUCAGUCACCAACGCCAUCUCAGGUCUGACAGCAGUCGGUGGUCUGGUGCUGAUGGGUGGAGGUCUCACACCCUCCAGCCUGCCUGAGAGUCUGGCGCUUGCUGCUGCUUUUGUUUCCUCCAUCAACAUUGCUGGUGGUUUUCUGAUCACUCAGAGGAUGUUGGACAUGUUUAAGCGCCCGACUGACCCUCCUGAGUACAACUACCUGUACGCUCUGCCCGGGGCUGCAUUUGUGGGGGGAUAUGGAGCCUCACUUGCUGCUGGAUAUAACAUUGAACAGAUGAUGUACUUGGGCUCCGGCCUGUGCUGUGUGGGAGCACUGGCAGGCCUCUCUGCACAGAGAACCAGUCGUUUGGGGAACACCCUGGGCAUGAUGGGAGUCGCAGGGGGCAUCGCUGCCACCCUCGGUGCCCUGAAACCCUCUCCAGAGCUGCUGUCUCAGAUGUCUCUGGCCAUGGCCACAGGGGGAACCCUCGGUCUGACCAUUGCCAAACGUAUUGAAAUCACAGACCUGCCGCAGCUUGUGGCGGCCUUCCACAGUCUCGUGGGGCUGGCAGCUGUUCUCACCUGCGUGGCUGAAUUCAUGAUUGAAUACCCCCACCUGGACACCCACCCAGCCGCCGGUGUAGUCAAGACCGUGGCGUACCUGGGCACCUACAUCGGAGGCGUCACGUUCAGUGGCUCCCUGGUGGCUUACGGCAAACUUCAGGGCGUCCUGAACUCUGCCCCCCUGCUGUUGCCUGGACGACAUGGAUUGAAUGCUGGUCUAAUGGCAGCAUCAGUGGGAGGCAUGGUGCCCUUUAUGCUUACCUCAAGCUACGAGACUGGCAUGGGGUGUUUACUGGGAGUGUCUGGUCUUUCCACUAUUAUGGGUGUAACUCUGACAGCAGCCAUCGGGGGCGCUGACAUGCCUGUGGUCAUCACCGUGUUGAACAGCUACUCUGGAUGGGCACUCUGUGCUGAGGGCUUCUUAUUAGAAAACAAUCUCAUGACGAUUGUUGGCGCUCUGAUUGGCUCUUCUGGUGCCAUCCUCUCCUACAUCAUGUGUGUGGCUAUGAACCGCUCCCUACCCAAUGUGAUCCUGGGUGGGUACGGCACCACCUCCACAGCGGGUGGUAAACCCAUGGAGAUUGUUGGCACUCACACCGAGGUCAACGUGGACCAGACCAUUGACAUUAUCAAAGAAGCAAACAGCAUUAUUAUCACUCCAGGUUGGGGUCUGUGUGCAGCAAAAGCCCAGUACCCGAUUGCAGACAUGGUGAAGAUGCUGAAGGAACAGGGCAAAGCUGUCAGGUUUGGUAUCCACCCAGUGGCCGGUCGUAUGCCCGGCCAGCUGAACGUCCUCUUGGCUGAGGCUGGAGUUCCCUACGAUGUCGUCCUGGAGAUGGAUGAGAUCAAUGAAGACUUCCCGGAGACAGACUUGACGCUGGUCAUCGGCGCAAACGACACAGUGAACUCUGCAGCACAAGAAGAUCCCAACUCCAUAAUUGCUGGCAUGCCUGUCCUGGAGGUGUGGAAGUCCAAACAGGUGAUUGUUAUGAAGCGUACCUUGGGUGUGGGCUAUGCCGCAGUAGAUAACCCCAUUUUCUACAAGCCCAACACAUCAAUGUUGCUGGGAGACGCCAAGAAGACAUGCGACAACCUGCAAGCCAAGAUCAGAGAGGUCUUCUACUAGUGAGCCCUCAUUAACUCACCACCAUGGACAGUAGAGGUCAGGGACAGAGGCAGGUUCAGACAUUAGAUUUCCAGCUUUAGCUUAAAGUUCAUAUAUUUUUGGAAAAUGGAUUAAAAAAAAAGUGCAGCAAAUAUGAGUUAAUUACAGAAAGUGUCCAGGACUCAUAAUUAUUAUAUAAAACAGCAUGAAUAACUCAAGCACAUUGUGUACUGAUUUGUAAAUAAAAAUAUUUAAACCUA